AAAGUGGGUGCUGAAUGAAUAGAUGUACAUGUAAAACCAUAUAAUGAAGUCUAAAGCAGUAACUACAGGAUUUUGGAUGUUACAUUAUUAAGAAAAAUAUGACUGUAGCUUGAGCCUCAAAAACCCUGGUCUGCUGAAAGAAAUCACUAAAUAGGCUAAACAUUGGCUAAUGAUUAAAGUGCCAUGAGGAACACUAAAGCAGCCCGUACCUCAAAAACACUCUGAGAAUGCUCUUCUGUGCUUGCAUACAGGAAAUUCUGUGAGUAAGCUUUUUCCAGUUUGCAGAACCAUUACAGAAUAAUCACAUUUUUAACAGUGCAAAUGAUCAAAGAGGUUCAAACAUGAAAUGUCCUUGUGUGACCUGACCAAAUUUAGGCCACUGAAAACAAGUCCAAACCAUACAUUUUUAAUGAAGCAUCUAAUUUUCCAAAAUAGUAAUGUCAUCAAGGUCAUAAAAUGGUCUCAGAUGACAUCUUUAAGAAACAGUACAGUCAUGCACAACCACAUUCAUCCAUUCAUCUUCUAUACCCGCUUUAUUCCUAAUUAGGGUCGUGGGGGUCUGCUGGAGCCUAUCCCAGCACACACUGGGCGAAAGGCAGGGGUACAACCUAGACGCGUCGCCAGUCCAUAGCAGGGCCACAUAUAGACAGACAACCACACACACUCACACUCACUCCUAUGGGCAAUUUAGAAUUACCAAACAGCCUAAUGUACAUGUUUAGGGACUGUGGAGGAAACCGGAGUAAACCCGUGCAGGCAACAUGAAAACUCCAAGAUUCAAGAAGCUUUAUUGUCAUUUCAACCACAUAUAGUUGACGCAGUACAUAGUGAAAUGAAACAACUUUUCUCCAGGACCCUGGUGCUACAUAGACAUACAACAUAAAGAUCAAAAAACAACACAGAGCUAGGACCAAGGUUUUUGUCCUAGCCACAUAAAGUGCAAAGUGUGCAACUAGGUGCAAACAGUGCAAAGACAAUACAGUACAAAAAGAAAAAGACAACACAAGAACAAGACACUUAGUGCCGAAAGUAAAAAGAACGUGUGUAGUGAAAUGUAAAGAAAUGAAAUGGAAUAAAAAUGAAAUGAUGUACAGAGUAGCAGCGGUUGAGGAAGUGAAAUAGAAAUAGGCAUAGACAUAAAUAUAAACAUAGCAGCAUAAUGAAAUAAUUACAGGGUUUGAGGUAGUGCAAUAAAUAGUGAACAAUAUAAGUUGUGUGUCCACACAGGUGAAAGAGUGUGUGUGUAUGUGUGUGAGAGAGACAGAGAGUUUUGUACAGUUCAGUUCUCUUUAGUCUUGUACAGUUCUGAGUGUAUGUGUGUGUGUGUGUGUGUGUGUGAGUGAGAGAGAGAGAGAGAGUUUUUUUUGUGCAAUUCAGUCCUGGGUGUUGAGGAGCCUGAUGGCUUGAAGAAAGAAACUGCUACACAGUCUGGUUGUGAGGGCCCGAAUGCUCCACACAUAAAGGAGCCUGUUCGAACCUGGGAUUCGAACCCAGGACCUUCUUGCUUUUAGGGCUUGCAGGAGGAGAGCUGGAUGAGAAUGAGUGCAGAGACAAUAUCCAACUACACAAAGAGGAGAAAACCCUACUGCGAUACUAUGUUUUUGAGGGCAUGCGAUAUGUGUGGUUGCCCAAAAAGGGUGCUUUCUGCAGAGUUAGUAUUCUUAAUGAGGGUUGGACUUGUGCUGAUCUGCAUCACCGACAGCAAGGACUAAGUCAAAUGGACCAAAUUUCAAGGAGACAGAUUUUUGGGGACAAUAUCAUUGAUGUACCUGUGAAAUCUUAUUUGCAGUUGCUGUUUGAAGAGGUCCUCAACCCCUUCUACAUAUUUCAAGUGUUCAGCAUCGUCCUGUGGAUGUUGGAUAAAUACUACUAUUAUGCUGUUUGCAUCUUUGUAAUAUCUUUCAUAUCCAUCGCCGUGUCCUUGUAUGAGAUCCGGAAGCAAAGCACCACUCUGCGCAGCAUGGCCCAGCUCAUUGUGAACGUCACUGUACGCAGAGCCACUGGAGAGGAGCAGUGUGUGAGUUCGGUUGAGCUGGUACCAGGAGACUGUGUGGUGAUUCCUGCUGAAGGUCUGCACCUACCAUGUGACGCUGCCCUGCUGGCCGGGGAGUGUAUGGUGAAUGAGAGCAUGCUGACUGGUGAGAGCGUACCUGUGAUGAAGACCCCAUUGCCAGUUUCAGAUGUGACGUACAGCCCCGAAUCUCAGCGUAGACACACACUGUUCUGUGGUACACACAUCAUCCAAGCCAAAGGGGGCUGUCCAAGUGGGAAGGGGGCCAUAGCUGUAGUUACACAGACAGGCUUUUUCACUGCUAAAGGUGACCUCAUCAGCUCUAUUCUCUACCCACAGCCAGUUAACUUCCGAUUUUAUGCAGAUGCCAUGAAGUUUCUCCUUUUCUUAGGAGUCGUGGCACUGAUUGGCACAAUAUACAGUAUAGUGAUACUAUGGAGGAGCAAUACGACAUGGGCACAGCUUGUGAUCCGUUCUCUGGACAUUGUAACCAUUGUGGUACCUCCAGCCCUCCCUGCUGCUCUAACAACAGGCACAAUCUAUGCCCAGCAGCGCCUUAAGAAAAACGGUGUGUUCUGCAUAAGUCCACCUCGCAUCAAUGUCUGUGGAAAGAUUUCUCUCUUCUGCUUUGACAAGACAGGUACUCUGACUGAGGAGGGUCUGGAUGUGUGGGGGGUGAAGGAGGCUAGUAGAAAUGGUGCAGGGUUUCAUGAGCUCGUAGCUGACCCCUAUCUUCUCUCGCCGGGACCCAUGCUGUGGGCCUUGGCCUCCUGCCACUCAGUAGCUUUACUUGGAGAUCAACCUAUUGGAGACCCACUGGAACUCAAAAUGAUUGAGUCUACAGGCUGGAAACUGGAGGAGCCGACUAACGAAACGGCCACAAAUGUUGAGUUUGGAGGUCAUCGGAUCCUCGCGAUGAUGAGGCCACCUACUUUAGGUCCUGAGGGCAUACCUGCUAGUCAGCCGGUGGCAAUAGUGCGGCGUUUCCCUUUUUCUUCCUCUCUACAGAGGAUGAGUGUGGUGACUGUGGGCUCGGGGGGAGGCUCAGCUUACAGCUUUCUCAAAGGGGCACCUGAGAUGGUGGCCAGUCACUGUGUGAAUGAAAGUGUACCUUCUCAGUUUACCAACACACUCCGGGAGUUUGCCAGUGAGGGCUUCAGGGUCCUAGCGCUCGCCUACAAGGAGCUUGAUGCCCAGACAGACCUGAGCAGUAUUGAAAGGGUAGAAGUGGAGGCAGAUUUGCAGUUCCUGGGGCUGUUAGUAAUGAAGAACCAGGUGAAGCCUGAAAGUGCAGGAGUCAUCAACAUCUUGAGACAAGCACUAAUCCGCCCCGUCAUGGUCACUGGAGAUAACAUUCUUACAGCCCUGAAUGUAGCCCGCACAUGUGGAAUGACGUCCUCGCAUGAACAGAUUAUUUUUGUUCAUGCGUCGCCCCCUACUGCCAACUCAAGGGCAUUGUUACGAUUUCAUCAAGGUGAUGGUGCACCUGCUGUCGUCAGCACUCAAGAGACCAUGGAUAUUCUGGAGCAGGGCCUGUACCAGAACAGUAUUAAGUAUCAUCUGGCUAUAAAUGGAAAGUCCUUUGCAGCUCUGUGCGAUUAUUUUCCAGAGCAACUACCUAAGGUCCUGAUGAAAGGAACAGUGUAUGCUCGGAUGUCUCCGGACCAGAAGACUCAGCUGGUUAAAGCUCUGCAGAAACUGCAUUACAGAGUGGGCAUGUGUGGGGACGGAGCUAAUGACUGUGGAGCGCUGAGGGCUGCUGAUGUUGGAGUCUCUCUGUCUGAGGCUGAGGCUUCUGUUGCCUCUCCCUUUACCUCCAAAUCUGACAACAUCAGCUGCGUGCCAUUGCUGAUCAGAGAGGGAAGAUGCUCGCUGGUGACGUCAUUCAGCCUUUUCAAAUAUAUGGCAUUGUACAGUCUGAUCCAGUUUGCCUCUGUACUCAUCCUCUACACCGUGAAAACAAACUUGGGCGAUCUGCAGUUCCUCUUCUUUGACUUGGCCGUGGUGACUGUGCUCGCUAUAGUGAUGGGUCGAGGUGGCCCUAGUGAUAAGCUUCAACCCCAGCGCCCCCCCGCCAGCCUCCUAGCUCUGCCUGUUCUUUUAGCUUUACUCCUCCACACAGUAAUGCUCAUCCUGGGUCAGGUGGCUGCUCUGCUCAUCACUAAAUCACAGGAAUGGUACAUUCCGUUAAAUUCCACUGUGGCUGGAGCAGAAAAUUUGCCAAACAUGGAGGAUGCAAGUGUGUUUGCUCUCUCGGGGUUCCAGUACAUCAUCAUGUGUAUUGUUGUGACGAAAGGCUACCCUUACAAGAAACCGCUUUACAAAAAUGUUGUUUUUCUAUUCGUGCUGCUGAUCCUAUUUGCAGCGAUGAUUUCGCUGGUUCUGGUCCCCAAUACCUUUUUUCACAAUUUACUGCAGUUGUAUAACAUUAAUGACAUGAACUACAACCUGUUGCUGGUGGCACUCGCUGCACUCAACUUCUUCAUAUGCUACUUGCUGGAGGUUUUUACUGACGCAUUUGUGCCAAACUGCCUCCGUACCCUUCGUGGAAAGCGGGAGUCGAAAAAGCAGUACAAGCGUUUGGAUGCCCAGCUAGCAAAAACUCCAUCAUGGCCACCGCUGGAUCAGCCACUUUACCCAUCACAGUGUUCUGUCAUCGGAGUUAGCUAGCAUAAGCCUCCUGGAGCAAUAAUAAUUAACUAAUUCAUUGUUAUUUUCCAAGUGCCACUAAUCGACUACUACCUCCUAAUGCAUAGAUAGAUAGAUAGUGAAGUCAUAACAUAAUACUUGAUAAAAUUCUCCUAAGGUUUUGGGCAGGUGUCAGUAAAACAUCUGCUCAGAGAAGGAAUGCUGGGAGAGAAAAUGCAAAUGCCAUGAACCACAAAAUCCAAACAGGAUUCACCAAGGCUUCAGCUAACUGCCAAAAUCAUUAGGUGUAUCCCAAGUUGCAUACUUUUGCACUAUUCUACACCAUUUUCAAGCAUAGAUUGGUGUUCUGGUGUCGUGACAAAGUGCAAUUCAAAUACCGGGAUGAAAAAAUAACGUGUGGAGAUGUUUAAGUUUAAGAAUUUAUUCUCUUGCCACUAGAAUUGUUGUAUUGUAAAGUACUGUUGAUUCUCAAGUGUUGCUUAGAAGGAACUGCUGGUAUGUUAAUUAGUGAAGAGCAGUUUCAGUCUCCCUCAAGUUGUGAAUUGUCUUCAGGGCUUACUAAGAUGUACCGGAUCUGUUAUCUGUGACGGACACUAUUGUCAAAGCUUAUUCUGCAACAAUGUAGAAGCACACAUUUAGGCAGAAAGUGUUAGUAGUGUUUAUCUCUUCUUGUUCACUUAAGCGUUACCAGUUUCCUAUCACCUUACUUAAAAUCAUUAGCCUCACUCCUGAUGAGGAUGCAGUCAUGUGCCUCAAACCUUGUCACCUGUCACAGGCACUCUCAUCCAAAAAAAACAAAGGCUGCAUUACCCAUAACCUCAUCUACCUUCCUCUGUUGUCUCAGUCUCUAACAGCUGUGGCAGAUGGGCUUUGGAAUUGCCAGUCUGCUGUAAGAAAAGCUGUUUUUUUUUAUCUCUGUGUAUGCUUUCUUUCACACUUCAUGAGAAACUGCCAGGGGUGGUGGUACAGGUCUGCUGUUGUCUUGGGAGAUGAUGCUUCACACCUCUCUCCCUGUCUCAUCUCAUCCUCAGAAUUCCAUGCAGCUAGUUACCUCCUCAAUCAAACUUCUGAUCAUGGUCAUCUGCCCCCAUCCUAGUCCCCUAGGAGACUUUCUUGAAGAAAUGGACAUGCUCCUGAAACCUUUCCAUACCCACAGCUGCAUUUAUUCUCCUUGACAUUAAGCAUUAACCUCCAACACACUAGGGAAUGCCAUAUGCCAUAAAUGUAAUGCUGGACACUCAAUGACUGAAAGCUUUGCUUAUGUAGCAGCAGAUGGGAGGGGCUACCAGGAUGGAGGAGAAGAAAUUUCCAAGAUGACCGUCAACACUCAGAUGGAAAGGACAUCUUACAAAUCCAUUUGAGAGGACGCUACCUUUAUUAACUUUACAUACUUUGUGGUACAGGGCAUAGUGUGUAGUAUGUCAUUUGGGACACGACUACAUCAUAAAACUUUCAGUGCUGCAACUAUUCAACAUGAAGUACUUUAUGAUUAAAUGAAGAAAUGAAUCAGAACGUGUUGUGCACUAUCCAGUACUGUUAAUGGGAAGUACUCGUGAAAAUUGAGGUAUACCGCCUAUUAUAUAUGGCACCGUUAUCGUAAUAAAACACUGUGUAUAUAUUCAAGACUCACAUUUGUAAUGCAAUAAAAGCACUUUAAGACGUU